UUUUAUUACGUAAACAAAUUAAUUUUCUAAAAUAAAUAUAUAUUUUUUUCCUCUGAUAUUAUUGUACAAGAGAGAGGAACAACAAAACACAGGCUGAGGGAAUUGUUUAGUUCUCCCCUAUCCUAUCCUGUUAGCUGAUUUUCAAAGAGUGAGGGGUCUGCAGAGAGAGAUAGAAAAUGGGGGUUAUGUCGAGGCGGGUAAUCCCUGCCUGUGGCAACCUCUGUUUCUUCUGUCCCUCCAUGCGAGCAAGGUCAAGACAGCCUGUGAAACGCUACAAGAAUUUGAUCUCUGAUAUCUUCCCUCGUAAUCAGGAUGCUGAACCGAAUGAUAGGAAAAUCGCCAAACUUUGUGUAUACGCUUCAAAAAAUCCGUUGCGAAUUCCUAAAAUCACAGACCUCCUAGAGCAAAGAUUUUACAAAGAUUUGCGCAAUGAGAACUUUGGAUCUGUAAAAGUUGUGUUAAGCAUUUACAAGAAGUUGUUGCUGUUAUGCAAGGACCAGAUGCCACUAUUUGCUAGUAGCUUAUUAGGUCUUGUUCGGACUCUUUUGGAGCAAACUCGGCAGCUGGACAUGCGGCUUUUGGGUUGUAAUACUCUUGUUGAUUUUAUAAGUUGCCAGAUGGAUAGUACAUACAUGUUCAACUUGGAGGGCCUCAUUCCUAAACUUUGUCAAUUAGCUCAAGAAGUUGGAGAUGAUGACGUAGCUCUACAAUUGCGAGCAGCUGGACUACAAGUUCUGGCUUCUAUGAUUCUGUUCAUGGGUGAGCAGUCUCACAUCUCAAUGGACUUUGAUAGUAUUAUAUCAGUGACUUUGGAAAACUUUGUGGAUUUUCAAGUCAACCCUGAUAAUGCCAAGGAGAAGAUAGGAAAAAUUCAAUCACAUGAUCAAGAGGUUCAGGGAGUUCUCACAAUUGCUGAUGUUCAUGAUUCAACUUCGUCAGAAAUGAAUCAGAUGGUUGUUUCAGUGCCAACACUUGUGACAAAAUCUGAAUUGGAUCCAACAAUGGAUAACAGCAAGAGACCCUCUUACUGGUCUAGGAUAUGCUUGAGUAAUAUGGCCAAAUUGGCAAAGGAAGCUACAACUGUUCGUCGUGUACUAGAACCUCUUUUCCAAAAUUUUGAUUCUGAAAACCACUGGUCCCCAGAGAAAGGACUUGCAUAUCCUGUUUUGAUGUAUUUACAAUCACUUUUAGAGGAAUCAGGAGAGAACUCCCAUCUGUUGUUAUCCAUAUUGGUCAAGCACUUGGAUCAUAAGAAUGUCGUCAAACAACCUCUUUUACAGAUAAAUAUUCUUAAUGUUACAACAAAACUUGCUAAAAAUGCAAAGCAGCAGGCCUCAGUGACACUCAUUGGUGCACUAACUGAUCUGGUGAAGCAUUUGCGUAGAUGUUUGCAAAAUCAAGCUGAAGCAUCCAACCCGAAGAGUUCAGAUAAGUGUAAUUCUGAUGUUCAGAUAUCCCUUGAAAGAUGCAUCUCACAACUCUCCGAUAAGGUUGGAGAUGUUGGUCCCAUACUUGAUAUGAUGGCUGUGGUGCUUGAGAAUAUACCAACUAGUACCAUUGUUGCUAGAACAACCAUAUCUGCAAUUUACCAAACAGCGAAGCUUGUGUCAUCUGUCCCUAAUGUUUAUUAUCACAAGAUGCCAUUUCCUGAUGCUCUGUUUCAUCAACUACUGCUGGCAAUGACCCACCCAGACCAUGAAACACGAGUUGGAGCACAUAGCAUUUUCUCUAUGGUUCUUAUGCCAUCCGUCUUUUCAUCUUGUGUGGAUCAGAAAGUGAAAUUUUCCGGGGCUGUUUCUGGAUUAUCUGACGGUAAGUUGAAGAAUUUUGGUAAUGGAAGAUUAUCCUCUCAGGAUGAAAGUAAAGACACUGCAGAGAACAUUGAUGGACUGAUGGAAGAGGCAAGUCAGGUAUCAGAUGUCCAUAUGAAGCAACAUGCACCAUCCUACAGCUACAAGGGUUAUUUGUUUGGAGGAAAAACUGAGUUAACCUCACUACGGUUAAGCAGUCACCAAGUGAAUCUAUUGCUUUCUUCGAUUUGGGUUCAGGCAACAUCUGCUGAAAAUACUCCUGCAAAUUUUGAAGCAAUGGCCCACACUUAUAACAUUGCUUUAAUGUUCACCCGAUCCAAAUCCUCUAGUCAUACGGUGCUGGUGAGAUGCUUUCAGCUGGCAUUUUCCCUCAGGGCUCUCUCUUUCGAUAAAGAAGGUGGGCAGCCCUCUCGCAGAAAGUCUCUUUUUACCUUUGCAUCAUUCAUGAUUAUAUUUUCCGCAAGGGUUGGCAAUUUCCCAGAGCUAAUUCCUCUUGUUAAGGCAUCAUUGACAAAUAAGACGGUUGAUCCUCAUCUUCAAUUGGUUGAUGAUGCAUGGCUGCAAGCGGCUUUUACAGGGUAUGAUAAGGGGGAUAUAUCAUAUGGAUCACAGGACGAUGAAGUUUCUGCAUUGGAUUCUCUUUCAGCAAUAGAGUUAGAUGAAGAACGGUUAAAAGAAACCGUGAUAUCCCUCUUCAUGAAUAAAUUCACAAAACUGUCAGAGGAUGAGUUAUUGAGCAUCAAGAAGCAACUCUUACAGGGAUUUUCUCCUGAUGAUGCAUAUCCGUUAGGAGCUCCAUUGUUCAUGGAAACACCGCGGCCAUGCUCUCCUCUUGCCCAGCUAGAUUUUCCUGAUCAUGAUGAGGUGAUGCCUGGAGGUGCAUUGACAGAUGAAGAAGCUUUUCCAGAACCAAGUGGAAGCCAGUCUGAUCGCAAAACAUCAAUCUCUAUCAGCAGCCUUGACAUUUUGAGUGUUAAUCAACUUCUAGAAUCGGUUUUGGAAACAGCGCGACAAGUUGCAAGCUUCCCAGUUUCUUCAACACCAAUACCCUAUGAUCAGAUGAAAGACCAAUGCGAAGCUCUCGUAACUGGUAAACAACAAAAGAUGUCAGUACUACAUAGUUUUAAGCAGCAGCAAGAAGCAAAUGCCCUAGCUCUUUCCAGUGUUAAUGAAAUCAACUAUCCCACCUUUCCAGAUAAGACAAGGGAGUAUACAGAUGGCGGCCUAAAGUUGAUAAAGAAGGAGCAAGUUGUAGUCAGAGAUCAGCUUGCCCUGUGUUCACAUGAGUAUGGACAUAAUAAUUCUUUCAAGCUACCACCUUCAAGUCCUUAUGACAAAUUUUUAAAAGCUGCUGGCUGCUAAUUGCAGAUGGACAUGUAUGUAUGUACACAAACACCAUAUGUAACUAAGCUUUAAUUCCCUUUGUUAUAAUAUUCUCUCUCUCUCUCUCUCUCUCUCUCUCUCUCUCUCUCUCUCUCUCUCUCUCUCUCUCUCUCUCUCUCUCUCUCCAUUUUUUCAUUCUUUAGUAGUUUUGAUAUGAGCUUACCAGAGAUGCUAGGCUUCUUAUAAACAGAAAAGUGUUUUGUGCGAGGGGGUUAUAUCUCUUAUGGAGGCAUAAGUGUAAUAAUUUAUGGGUGUUUUGGUGAGACCUUUUCUGUUAGUAUCUAUUGUUAUAGUUAUUGCAGAUGUUUCCUCGAUAAACUGGGUUCUUUAAUAGACAACAAAAAAAUCACAACAAUAAAUGUUAUUAUUGUUUUGUUUUUUAAA